ACACCCAGACAAUACAGCCUAGCACGCAACAAGAGCAACAGAGUCCAUCUUUACUGUGCAUUUCUGGACUACAGCAAUGGAACUGGUGUGUGGUCUAACGAAGGUUGUGUGCGUGAGAGUGGAGACCUCAACUACUCAGUGUGUCUCUGUAACCACCUCACUAACUUCGCCAUCCUGAUGCAAGUGGUACCUCUGAAGCUAACAAGAGAACACCAGGUGGCCCUCUCCUCCAUCACUUACAUUGGCUGUGCUCUGUCCAUCUUCUGCCUGACGAUCACACUGGUCACGUUUGCUAUAUUGUCGUCUGUCAGCACCAUCCGCAACCAGCGCUAUCACAUCCAUGCCAACCUGUCCUUUGCUGUCUUGGUGGCUCAGAUCCUGCUUCUCACCAGCUUUCAGUUCAGCCCUGGAACAGUGCCUUGCAAGAUCUUGGCCAUUCUCCUUCAUUUUUUCUUCCUAAGUGCUUUUGCAUGGAUGCUGGUGGAAGGAUUUCAUCUUUACAGCAUGGUGAUCAAAGUAUUUGGGUCAGAAGAAAGCAAGCACUUAUAUUAUUAUGGAAUUGGAUGGGGUUGCCCACUGGUGAUUUGUGUCAUUUCUGCAGCAUCGUCCCUGGACAGCUACGGAGAAAGUGGCAACUGUUGGCUCUCACUGGAGAAUGGAGCAAUCUGGGCUUUUGUGGCACCAGCAAUGUUUGUCAUUCUGGUCAAUAUUGGUAUCCUCAUUGCUGUCACAAGAGUUAUCUCCAGAAUCAGUGCAGACAACUAUAAGGUCCAUGGAGAUGCUAAUGCCUUCAAACUAACAGCCAAAGCUGUUGCUGUUCUCUUACCAAUCUUGGGAAGCUCCUGGAUCUUUGGGAUUUUGGCUGUCAAUGCCCACGCAUUAGUAUUUCAGUAUAUAUUUGCUGUUUUCAAUUCACUACAAGGAUUUUUCAUGUUCCUGUUUCACUGUCUUCUGAACUCAGAGGUUAGAGCUGCCUUUAAGCACAAAACCAAGGUCUGGUCCCUUACCAGUAGUUCAACUCGCAACAUCAAUGUGAAACCCUUCAAUUCAGACAUUAUGACUGGGAACAGGCCAGGCACAACCCCCACAAAGCUGAACACCUGGGAUAAAAGCACCAAUUCAGCCAACCGCAUUGAUUUAUCAGCAGUCUGACAGGAACACCAGCUCCUCAGAGAAAAUCAAGCCAUACAUUCAGGACCUCUGACACAGUGUCUAUCAGCUUUUUCUCACUGUUACUAAGAGGAGAAAACUGGGUUUUUUAAAAAAAAAAAAAAAAAUCACUGCCUAAUAAGUUGGGAAUUGCCAUAUUGUUUUGUUGAGUAAAGAGCCCUGAUCAGCUUUGCCUUCAAAACUGUAACACACUCUAACACUUGGCUAUUAGCAAUACCUGUAAAAAUAACUAGCACAAAUAUACACUGGAUGGUUUUGUCAGCAAUGAUGAAAACACUAGGUACACAAAAAGGGCUUAUUGCUCUCUGAAUCAUUCCAGCUCCCACAAGUGAGGAAAGGCAACAUACCUCUGGAAAGAUGGAUUUUUUUAUGCUCAAAAAUGAAAUGCUUCCCAUUGUGAUGUUGUAAUGGGGCUAUUUUGGUCUUGCUGUGUUCUCUCUGUUUACAUUUAUUACCUUACAGAAUCCAAUUAUCCAAGUGGAGUUUAUUCAAAA